AGGAAUAUCGAAGACGACCCACAGGCCCUGCGCAAGCAGUUCCAGCAGGUGCACCUGUCCAUCCACAACAACGCAGAGGCCUACAUUGACGCCAUCGAGAAGGGAAGGCGAGUUCGUGUGGGUGCAUCUCCGCAGAUAGGAGUCACUUGGGUCGACCACCUGGCCGACGCCGAUCCCUCCUCGGCGGGCAGUGGCAACGGGGCGCCGACCGACUCCGGAGCCGCCGUCCAGUAUGGCUUGGCGACGAACACCUACUCCUUCGGCGUCUCCGCGUCCACUCACACCUACUCGCAGGGCGGGUGGAGAGGCCUCAUACACGAUGCCCUCCUCCCCGACCUACGGCCCUCCACGCGGUACUACUACCGAGAGGCCCCCCUGGUCGCGGCCCCCGCCGACGUGCUGGCGACUCUGGCCGUGUUCGGGGACAACGGCAUCUCGCACAACGGCCGGCAGGUGAUCAACCGCAUCCGCGACGAUCACUCCAUCGACGCCGUCGUCCACGUCGGCGACUUUGCCUACUCUCUGCAGAAAGGUGGCCAGUGGACGGUGGACAGCGAGCUCUACGCGGCGGACAAGCAGAUGGCGUGGGACAUGUGGUUUCGCAUGGUGGAGCCUCUCGCGGCGUUCAAGCCCUACAUGGCCGUCCCCGGCAACCACGAGACCUACAAUUGGCUUUCUCACCAUGUUCGUCACACAGACGCUCAUUUGACCGAGUUCAAUCGGGCGAGGAACGCUUGGAUGCGAAGCACCCACAGGCGAGGGCGCAAGGCCCCAGGAUCCACAGAAGCGCCACCGGCCGACGACGAGACCGAGAAGGAAUGGUAUGUCGGUUCUACUCCUCCCUCUUCAGAGCCUGGCGCUCAUCAAGGCGAGCUCCGUGUGUUCUCGAUCUGCAGGAACUCGGCGUGGUGGCUGGUGGCCCUGGUGCACAGAAACAUGUACAGCUCGAGCGUGUCGCAGGGCAGCAUACUGCACCUGCGACACGAGCUCGAACCGCUCUUCAACAAGCACGGCGUAGACCUGGUGGUACAUGGACACGACCACAACUACGAGCGAACGCAUCCGGUGGUGAAGGCGCGGCCGCAUAGGGUGGAGAAGAGUGAGGGCGUCUACGUCAAAUCGUGCGCCGAACAGAUGCCGCCCAUCUACCUUCGCGCCGGCACCGGCGGCAUCGAACUCGGGUCCCUCUGG